UCGGAUCGUACCAGUACGAUGCCCUCACCGUGCCGCGAUACAUCAAAAUGCAUAUACUCAACCGCCAGCGGCAGCUCGACGAACUUGCCACGGCCGCCGCCGGUCUCCACCGCAUUAUGUACAUCGAACCCAGUCUGUCCGACCCGGACGACUACUCCAUCGCAUACACCAACUGCACGAGCUUUGGCGGGUAUCGAGACAGUGACCGCCUGUACGCAGACUGGUACAUGCUGCCUCUGCUGCAGCGCAUGCUCGAUGGCAUGAACUCGCCCAUCGACCUCCAUGCGUCUCCGCUGACGCAUGUUGUGUGGGUCGACUGCGACUACAACGGUCGGUUAUACCAAGACACGUCCAUACUCAAAGCGUUCGUCGUGGACGUCGGCAUGACGACAAUGAGUUCAUUUGCACUUCAAACGAUGAACGCGAUGCGGUCAACGACCCACAUGGAGGUCCAGGUGGGGGCGGCGAUCGUGUCGUCGACGACCUUGAGCAAGUUCUCGCUUCGACCGGACGCCGCAACGGACGAGUGGAUGACCUACGGCCUCGCGUACGCCGGGACGUCCGAGUACCGGACGUUGGUAUCGCUCGAUUUUCCAUACGAGGAAGGCACGGCGUUCCACGACACGCACGACGACGGCAUGCUUCCGACGAACCAGUACAACUGGCGCAUCAAGGCGACCAACGAGUCGUUGGCCAUCAAUGGGUAUUCAGGCUACUUUCGAGGCAGCCCGGACAAUCAGGCCAAUUUCAUUAGGUAUGUGAUUGGGAUGUCGACGAAUCCGGUGCGGGACUUUGUCGUCGACUUCUUUGCGUCGCUCGGCCACACAAAAGACGCGUGGGCGUGGAUUCAAGGACUCGUCAUUGGGUUUGGUGUUGUGCAUAACACGUUUCAACUCGUCCUGGCACUCAACGUGUCGUUGGUCACACGGUUAUACAGCAAAACGGGGGACCGGCUCAUGCUCCAAGAUGUGUACUCAAGCAUCCGGCAAGUCGUGAAAGCGCGCGCGGCUCUUGUCCUGAUCACGUUGGCACUCAAUGGCUUAUGGUCGCUCGAGGAAUGGAUGAUCACGAUGGCAAUGACUCGGUACAAGCUAUUGCCGAUGUUUUCUCUUGUUGACGGAGUCCGCUCCGACUUUCUCGCGCUCUUCUUGACCUGGACGGACAUACUGGCAACGUCGAUGCGGGUGCCGUUCCCUCCGAUCAUCCCCACCCUCGUAUACGUCGUCUGCUAUAAGUACAGCGAGGACGUCGUCGCCACCCUCAUCUCACCAACCAUGGAGGCGGCCGUGAAGGACGCAAUGAACGAAAUGUACAUUCGCAAUUUGGUCCGCUACUCGACGACCGGAAUGAAUCUGUGGACGCGAUAUCGCUUGACCAACGAUUCUCCAAGCUGGCUGUUCGCGACGCAGUUCCUGUGGUUUUUCGCUCCUUGCGCUGGCAUGGUUUUGCUCGUCGCCGUGUGGAAAUGUGUGGCCAUCAUAGCUGAGCGCGUCACUGUGGUGGACGAACGGUCACCUGAUAGCGUCCCCGCUGACAAGAUGCACAUGCACCCCGCCGUUCCUUUGCGAUUUCUCGACCACUUCCUGCCAGACUGUGGCGGGGUUCAUGGCCUAGUGAGCGUCCGCCCUACCCCAUUUCGUUUUGACAAAGAUGCAUUUGAAGUGAAUCAGUCCCAUCUGUGGCGCACGGGGUGGGUAUUGCUCAACAUGCAGUUCCUCGUGUGCACCGACGACGUCCCCAACAUCUUCCUCAACGUGAUGGCAAAUGCGACUCUCGUCAAGGUGUACGGGUGUGCAGUCUUCCUCGACACAGCUUCUCGCAAGCUAAUCUUAGCCCCGAAGCUCGUUCCAUUGUUCACGGGAGAUCUCACGAUUUGGAACCUCCUUCGGCUACGGCUGGAAACAGUCUGGGUGAAGAAAGUGCACGUUGGCGAGAAGCAGACGACGAUUCGACGUAUGCCCGGGAAAAAGAAGAAGUCGACGAAAGGUUGGCAGUUCUGCAUGCUGCGUGGUGUGAACGUUUGACUUCUGUCAUGUAGUGAGCCCUGGGGUUGGUGGCCCAAACCUUGAAGAUGUUCGAACAGCUACAAUAGGAGAGUGAAAACUUUUCAAGGCACUUGUGAACGCAGACUGGAUUCAACGAGGGCGGUGUGGUUUCAUCAAUCCAACAACACACGACACAUGUACGCUGCGUGCACAGGCAUGACCACAAAGACGAGGCGUUCAUUGCAACCUUUGCUGAAGUGCUUUGUGGAAACGAUGAGGACGACUUGAGUGGUGGGGGUUUAGAGGUUUCGGGGUUAAGGGGUUCGUGGAGCUCAAUUCAAAUUUUUGGGCAUUCCGGAUA